UCCUGCGGGCCGUGAGGCGCCUCGUGUCGGUGGAAUCCAGACACCAGUCUCCUCUUGACUGUGAUCUGCAAGCCAGUUGCUUGCGCUAACUGGAUUUUGUACUCUAACCUGUAAAAGUGGUAAUGAUAAUAGUGUUUACCUCAUAGAAACCUUAUGAAGAUUAAGUGAUGCAAUUCAUGAAAAGCUUUUACAAUAACACCUGGCACAAACAAAGCAAUGACAGCCCGGGUGCUUGUAAUAGGCAGCGGAGGAAGAGAACACACACUGGCCUGGAAACUUGCACAGUCAAAUCAUGUCAAGCAAGUUUUGGUUGCUCCAGGAAAUGCAGGCACUGCCUCCUGUGAAAAGAUUUCAAAUACUGCUGUCUCAGCCAGUGACCACAUUGCGCUUGCUCAGUUCUGCAGAGAUAGCAGCAUUGAUGUCGUUGUCGUCGGACCUGAAGCGCCUCUGGCUGCGGGAAUUGUUGGCGACCUGACAUCUGCAGGGGUGCGAUGCUUUGGCCCCACAGCAGAAGCAGCUCAGUUAGAGUCCAGCAAAAGGUUUGCUAAAGAGUUUAUGGAUCGACAUGGGAUCCCAACUGCAAAAUGGAAAGCUUUCACCAAAGCUGAAGAGGCCUGCAGCUUCAUUAUGAGUGCGGACUUCCCUGCUUUGGUUGUGAAAGCCAGUGGUCUUGCAGCUGGGAAAGGGGUGAUUGUUGCAGAGAGCAAAGAGGAAGCCUGCAAGGCUGUGCAGGACAUCAUGCAGGAUAAAGCUUUUGGAGCAGCUGGAGAAACAGUUGUCAUUGAAGAACUUCUCAAAGGAGAAGAGGUGUCUUGUCUGUGCUUUACGGAUGGAAGGACUGUGGCUCCUAUGCCCCCAGCCCAGGACCACAAGCGAUUGCUGGAAGGAGACCAGGGCCCCAACACAGGGGGGAUGGGCGCCUACUGUCCAGCACCACAGAUUUCUAAGGACUUGUUAUUAGAGAUCAAAAGUACCAUACUUCAGAGGACAGUGGACGGCAUGCAGCAGGAGGGUGUGCCGUACACAGGUAUUCUCUAUGCGGGUAUCAUGCUGACCAAAGAUGGCCCAAAGGUCCUAGAAUUCAAUUGCCGUUUUGGUGAUCCAGAGUGCCAAGUGAUCCUCCCACUUCUGAAAAGUGAUCUUUAUGAAGUGAUUCAGUCCACCUUAGAUGGUCUGCUCUGCACAUCUCCACCUCUUUGGCUUGAAAACUGCGCUGCAGUAACUGUUGUCAUGGCAAGUAAAGGUUACCCUGGAGACUACACCAAGGGUGUGGAGAUAACAGGGCUUUCGGAGGCUCAGACUUUAGGCUUGGAGGUGUUCCAAGCAGGCACUGCCCUAAAAGAUGGCAAAGUGGUUACUAGUGGAGGGAGAGUCCUGACAGUGACCGCCGUCCGGGACAAUCUCCUCUCAGCCCUUGAGCACGCCAAGAAAGGAUUAGCUGCUGUGCAGUUUGAGGGAGCCGUUUACAGGAAGGACAUUGGCUCCCGGGCGGUGGCUUUCCUCCAGCAGCCCAGGGGCCUGACUUACAAGGACUCUGGGGUAAACAUUGCAGCUGGAAAUAUGCUCGUCAACAGAAUUAAGCCUCUAGCAAAAGCCACCUCCAGACCAGGCUGUAAUGUUGAACUUGGAGAUUUCGCUGGUCUUUUUGAUGUAAAAGCAGCUGGCUUCAAGGAUCCUCUACUGGCUUGUGGAACUGAUGGUGUUGGGACUAAACUAAAGAUUGCCCAGCAGUGCAACAGACAUGAUACCAUUGGUCAAGAUUUGGUUGCCAUGUGUGUGAAUGAUAUUUUGGCUCAAGGAGCAGAGCCCCUCGUCUUCCUUGAUUACUUUGCCUGUGGAAAACUUGACCUUACUACCACUGAAGCUGUUGUUACGGGAAUCGCUCGAGCUUGUCGAGACGCUGGGUGUGCUCUGCUGGGUGGAGAAACAGCAGAGAUGCCUGACAUGUACCCUCCUGGGGAGUAUGACUUAGCCGGCUUUGCUGUGGGUGCCAUGGAGCGCGAGCAGAAACUCCCUCGCUUGGACAAAAUCACUGAAGGGGACGAUGUCAUUGGAAUAGCUUCUUCUGGUCUUCACAGCAAUGGAUUCAGCCUAGUGAGGAAAAUCGUAGAGCGAUCUUCCCUCCAGUACUCCUCUCCAGCCCCUCGCAAUUGUGGUGACCAGACCUUAGGGGACGUACUUCUGACACCAACCAGAAUCUACAGUCGCUCACUGUUGCCUGUCCUGCGCUCGGGACAUGUCAAGGCCUUUGCCCAUAUUACUGGUGGAGGACUCCUAGAAAACAUUCCCAGGGUCCUCCCUCAGAAAUUCGGGGUGGAGUUAGAUGCCCGGACCUGGAGGAUCCCCAGAAUCUUCUCAUGGUUACAGAAGGAAGGACACCUCUCUGAAGAAGAGAUGGCCAGGACGUUCAACUGUGGGGUUGGAGCUGCCCUGAUAGUAUCAAAGGACCAGACCAAGCAGAUUCUCAGGGACCUUAAGCAGCUCAAGGAAGAAGCCUGGGUGAUUGGCAAGGUGACUGCCUGUCCCGAAGGUUCUCAUGUGAAAGUCAAGCAUCUGAUUGAAACUAUAAAAAUAAACGGAUCAGUGCUGGAGAAUGGCGCCCAGCUGGGGAACGGGACCCUGAAAAACCAUUUGUCUGUCCAGUCAGAAAAAGCAAGAGUGGCUGUCUUAAUAUCUGGAACAGGGUCAAACCUUCAAGCGCUCCUGGAGAGCACGCAGGAGCCGAGCAGCUCUGCGCGCAUUGUCGUUGUUAUCUCCAACAAAGCUGCAGCAGCCGGGUUAGGAAAAGCAGAGAAAGCAGGAAUUCCCACCAGAGUAGUUAAUCAUAAAUUAUAUAAAAGUCGUGAAGAAUUUGAUGAUACAGUUCACCAAGUCCUUGAAGAGUUCUCCAUAGACAUAGUCUGUCUUGCCGGAUUCAUGAGAAUCUUGUCUGGCCCCUUUGUCCGGAAAUGGAAUGGGAAAAUGCUCAACGUCCACCCAUCCUUACUCCCUUCUUUUAAGGGUUCAAAUGCCCAUGAGCAGGCUCUGGAAGCUGGAGUCACAGUAACUGGAUGCACUGUGCACUUUGUAGCUGAAGAAGUAGAUGCUGGACAAAUUAUCUUACAAGAAGCUGUUCAAGUGAAGAGGACUGAUACCGUUGCAACACUGUCUGAAAGAGUAAAGUUAGCGGAACAUAGGAUCUUUCCCAGAGCUCUAGAGCUGGUGGCCAGUGGAACUGUACGGCUUGGAGAAAAUGGCAAGAUCUGCUGGGUCCAGAAGGAAUAAGAGCCAGUUUUGAAAAAAUGUUUGCAUAGUAGCUUUAUCACGGAUUCAGCCUUUCCAAAACAGAUUCUAAGCAGGAGAGUGUGUGCAAACAUUGUAAAAGGAGGAUCCCCUCUGAGCGCAAACGGCAGCAGUGCAGAAGCUCCCGGUGCUACUGUUUUGUGUUGAAUGAACUUAGGCCCCCUCUGUGUCUUCUUUCCCGUCUCCUGGUGAAGAAAUCAGGUGGUGUUCCACCGACCUGAACUCCCGCUGGUCGGCGCUGUCAGCGAUCCCACUGCCCAGUGUCCUGUGCAGAGUCCAUGCCGCUUUUAACCCUCUAUAAUAGUUGUCUGUGCUCCAUAAUCUUUAUAGUGCCAUGUGUUUGUAGCUUCGUAGCUUAUUUUCAUGACUAAGGUAGUGAUGACUAAGGUAGUGUUAACUAAGUUUUCCAAAGACAGCUGAAGAACUGCACCCCCUUCUUUGGCAUGGUCAUUUAAGCAAAACUGACGCCAUGUUCCCAGGCUUGGCUGGCCUCGCAGGCAGGCUUUUGGGUUUUUACUUGUUAAGAACAUUCUCAGUCGUCCUCAGGCCAGUCAUUCAGAAUUCCUUUCCCUUUUAGUCAAAGAAGAUAGCCAAUUCUUAGUCCUCUUUGUUUUUCGUAGCUGACCACUCCAUUUUUUCAGCUACAUGUUUGUUCUCUAAUCUCUGAAAAGCUAGCCAGUUAGUCUAAUGAGCUAAUCUCUUUCCCCAUGUUGUGCACCAGAGUCAAACAGAACUUUACAUGUCAGUCAUACUGUCUGUGUUCCUCACUAUUAACUGAGGCAGCUGCCUGUCAUGUAGUUGUUUUGAUAAUGUGAUGUGCUAUGAACAAUUCUUGGCAUGGAGUGGACACAAAAGAUCUGCAUCUAUUUCUGAGUUCCUCCUGUUUUGAUUUGUUAUUCAGUAACUCCAAUUUGAACACAAGAUACAUCGAGAGCGGUAAUGACGCAUGUCGGCAUGUCGGAAGUGGCAGCAAGGGGGCGUUCAGAUACAUCACUUCACAUCGGGCCCUUGGUUUUAAAAACAGUUCACUCAUGUCUUCUGGAGACUUCACUCAGCCUGGAUAAGCACCUAUUACAUCAAUGUCAGGCAUUGUCCAUGAAAUCUGUAGAGAGGAAAAUGUUACUGGUUGAUCCAAUCACAUACUAUAAUAAAAAUAGAGGCUGGUACCAGGAUAUGGUGGGGAAGGGGAAUCAGAACUUAUGACAAGAAAUAAAAUUUCCCAGGCCUGCCUUUAAUAUUAAUCUCCACUUAAAGAAACAUGAGCUGCAUAUCUUGGGAUAGGGGGAAUAAAAAUGUGUCUGAAGUAGUUUGAUUACCCAAAAACUUGAAAAUAGCAGGAAUGACAAGCGGACAAAGGAGGUGGCUUACAGGGAGUCCCUACAAUGCAGUGCGUGAAGAAUUGAGUCUUGCUUAAAUUGCUGAGUUUGUAGAUGGUCGUCAGUUCAUGGUACUCAAAGAUGAAAAGCCAUUUAAGUUA